CUCAGUUGCGCGCUGACGAUCGAACGGAACGGACGUUGAAAAUAAAGGAAGGACCAGUGAGCGAAGUGGCCAGCAGUGAAAAAAAAAGUGAAGAAGAAUAUUCAAAUGAGGCUGCCUAUCUGAUUGAAAAGAGUUGAACAUAUUAAACAUAUUGAGUGCGGUUUGGUGAUAAUUAAGGCAAGAGGCCUACCCAGGGGAGGAAAUCUGAAUUGUCCAACAUUUCGUUUUUGUAGACCAUCCCGGAGACCCCCAUCUGUAGUUCGAUCACCUGAUCGUACGCGAUGGGUGGUAGUGGAGUUCGCCUAGCGGCGGCUGCUCUGUUGCUAUCGGCGACGAUAGCAACGGUUCAGUCGGAACUCACGCCACCGUACUUCAAUCUUGCCGAGGGUCGCAAGAUCAGUGCAUCGGCCACUUGCGGUGUGGACACCGAUGGUCCCGAGCUGUACUGCAAACUGGUCGGAGCCAACACCGAAAACGAACAGCAGAACCAUUUCCAGUACCAGGUUAUCCAGGGACAGGUUUGUGACUUUUGUGAUCUUAGCAUCCCGGACAAGACGCACCCUGCCGAAUAUGCCAUUGAUGGAACGGAAAACUGGUGGCAAAGCCCACCGCUAUCGCGAGGCAUGAAGUACAACGAGGUCAACUUGACCAUUGACUUUGGACAGGAAUUCCACGUAGCGUACUUGUUCAUCCGUAUGGGCAAUUCUCCCCGUCCCGGACUGUGGACACUGGAAAAGUCGAUGGAUUACGGUAGCACGUGGCAACCGUGGCAGCAUUUUUCCGAUUCGCCCGCCGAUUGCGAAACCUAUUUCGGACGUGACAGCCUGCGACCGAUCAUGCACGAUAACGAUGUGAUCUGUACGACCGAAUACUCGAAGAUUGUUCCACUGGAGAAUGGUGAGAUCCCAGUGAUGCUGUUGAACAACCGCCCUUCGGCCAACAACUAUUUCAACUCGACUGCACUCCAGGAGUGGACCCGUGCCACUAACGUACGAAUUCGGUUGCUGCGUACAAAGAACCUUUUGGGUCAUCUGAUGUCCGUCGCACGUCAGGAUCCUACCGUUACAAGAAGAUACUUCUACUCGAUCAAGGAUAUCUCGAUCGGAGGUCGUUGUAUGUGUAACGGUCACGCCAAUACUUGCAAUGUCUUGGAUCAUCGUUCGCCGACCCGAAUUUUGGCAUGUCAGUGUCAGCACAAUACGUGCGGUAUUCAAUGCGCAGAUUGUUGCCCGGGAUUCGAGCAGAAGAAGUGGCGUCAGAACACGAACGCCCGACCAUUCCAGUGUGAACCCUGCAACUGUCACGGCCAUGCGAAUGAAUGUGUCUACUCGGAAGAAAUUGACGAGAAGCAACUCUCGUUGGACAUCCACGGCAACUACGAAGGAGGUGGCGUCUGUCAGAAUUGUCAGGACAACACCGAAGGUAUCAACUGUAACAAGUGUAAGAGCAAGUUUUAUCGCCCGUACGGAAAGCAUUGGAACGAAACGGACGUUUGCCACCCCUGUAACUGCGACCACUUCUUCUCCACCGGUAAUUGCGAGGAGGAAACCGGUCGUUGUGAGUGCCGUCCGGAGUUCAACCCACCGAAUUGUGAUUCCUGCUCGUAUGGGCACUUUGGAUACCCGAAUUGUCGACCUUGCGAGUGUAACUUGAACGGAACCAUUGGAUACCACUGCGAAGCCGUCAAUGGAGAGUGCCCGUGCAAGCCAAACUUUGGAGGUGCCCAUUGCAAACAGUGCGCCAACGGAUACUAUGACUUCCCGGAUUGUGAACCUUGUGGUUGCAACGAAGUAGGAUCGGUUAGUGAUGUAUGCGACUUUGGAUCUGGACAGUGUCAGUGUAAACCGAACUUCGCCGGACAACAUUGCGAAAAAUGCAAGGCUGGAUUCUACAAUUACCCAUCUUGUUCAUAUUGUAACUGCGACAACCGUGGAACAUUGGACGAGGUUUGCGACGCAAGUAAUGGGCAGUGUCUGUGUCGCGAGGGCUAUGGAGGACCUCGGUGUGACCAGUGUAUUCCCGGAUACUAUAACUACCCGGAUUGUGUCCCAUGCAACUGUUCUGGAGCAGGAAGUGUAUCUACCGUUUGUGAUAUUACUGGAAAGUGUUCAUGUCUACCGAACUUUUCCGGAAGACAGUGUACUAUGUGUCUUCCAGGGUAUUAUCAAUAUCCGGAAUGUUUGCCAUGUAAUUGCGAUUUCCAUGGAUCUAUUGGUUUAUCUUGUAACAAUGAAGGACAAUGUCAAUGUGCGUAUAACUUCGACGGAAAGACUUGUAACCAGUGUAAAGAGAGUUUCUACAACUUCCCCUCUUGUGAAGAAUGUAACUGCGAUCCAGCUGGGGUUAUUGCUAAGUUUGCUGGAUGCGGAUCGGUUCCGGCCGGAGAACUUUGUCAAUGCAAGGAGAGAGUUCAUGGCAGAAUUUGCGAUAAAUGUAGACCGUUGUAUUGGAAUUUGAAUGCCAGUAAUCCACACGGGUGUGAGGACUGUGAGUGUUUCAUCGACGGAACAAUUGGUGCUUUGGACACGUGUGACACUAAAUCUGGUCAAUGCGCUUGCAAACCUUCGGUGACAGGUCGUCAGUGUUCGGAAUGUAAGGAUGGAACAUUUGACCUAUUCGGUGCCAGUUUGUUCGGAUGCAAGGAUUGUGGUUGCGAUAUUGGUGGUUCCGCAAAUAACGUCUGUAACAAGGAAACGGGUCAAUGCAAAUGUCACCCCAGGAUUACCGGCCGAACUUGUACCUAUCCACUGACAACUCAUUAUUUCCCGACAUUGUACCAGUUCCAAUACGAGUAUGAAGACGGAUACACCCCAUCAGGAGCUCAAGUCCGAUACCAAUUUCAUGAGGACGUUUUCCCAGAAUUCAGUAAACGAGGCUACGCAGUAUUUUCCGCCUUACAAAACGAGGUCAUCAAUGAAGUUGUGAUUCAUAAAUCGUCCGUAUAUCGCCUAGUUAUUCGCUUCAAAAAUCCCACCUCAGAACCAGUAGUUGCUCAGAUUUUGAUUACUCCGGAUAACCCCACGGAACUUGAACAGAAGGCUAAAGUUCUUUUCAAACCAACUACAUAUCCCGAAUUCGUUACAGUAUCCGGAGCUAAAGGAGAAAUCCCCUCUCCAGUUGUGUUGGAUCCAGGUCGGUACACUAUCGACAUCAAAACCGACAAGAACGUCUUUCUCGACUAUUUUGUACUCCUUCCUGCUGCAUACUACGAGGCUUCAAUUUUGACCAAAAAGAUUGAGAACCCUUGCGAGUUCACCGACUUGGAGUUAUGCCGCCACUUCAAGUAUCCCAAUGUUAUUGAAUUCAAUCCUCAAGUGGAAGCUCAUAUUGUGGAAGGCGAUGAUUCGUUCAAACCAGGAGAGUACUUCAAAGACUAUGAACAUCUGGACGUCAUCAAGGAAGAAAACCUGCCUCUACUAACCGUCGAUCAGAAUGAGCUAAGCUAUGCACUGGAUGUUCCGCGACCAGGCCGUUACGUUCUCGUUGUGGACUACAUCACGAAUCGCAACUAUCCGGAAAUCUCUGUACUUCAGAUCAAUCAAAUCGGAGACUCGGAACAAGAUGGUACAGUCACCGCAUAUCCUUGCACAUAUACAACGGUUUGCCGUCAACCGGUGAUCGAUAAGGAAUCCCGCGAAAAGGUAUUCUACAUUGAUCCAAACAACCGCAAGCCCAUUACCGUUUCCAGCCAAGAACCUAACAGUGCAGUAGCUAUCAAAUCUGUUACCGCUAUUCCCUAUGAAGAAUGGUCCACUGACUACAUCAGUCCCAACCCGGUUUGCAUCAUGGAGAAGGGUAAAUGUGUAGUAACUACCUACCGCACUGCUCCGGACUCGAAGAAGAUUGAGUUUGAAUCAGACAACGAUAACCGCAUUGCCGAAACCAAUCCCCGCGAUCUUUCGGACAACUCCACCAAAUUGAUUUAUCUGGACUCGGAUGAGCCUGCCCUGAAUGUCAAAACUAAGGUUUUGCAUCCCGACCGUUAUGUGAUCAUCGUGAAGUUCUACCAACCGAAUCAUCCGGCUUUCAACGUUCAGUACCGAAUCGAGACCGAGCGACAAAAUUACGAUGGUAAACUACCGCUGAGGCAUUGUCCCGCUAAUUCGGGCUGUCGUGAGGUGCUGAAACAUGAAACAGGUUACAUCUGGUUUGAUUUGGAGGAUACGUUUGACUUCACACUGUUGAGUACUGCUACGAAGGGAGUUUGGCUGGAUUACAUUCUGUUGGUCCCGGCUGAUCAAUUCCACGAAGAUCUUCUGGAAGAGGAAACCUACGACCAAACUAAGGAUUUCAUCCAGAAAUGCGGUCAGGAUCAUUUCCACAUUCAACUAAAUGCAAGUGAUUUCUGCAAGGAAGCGGUAUUUUCGUUGACGGCGGACUACAACACUGGAGCCCUGCCUUGUAAUUGUGAUUACUACGGAUCGAACAGUUUUGAGUGUGAGCAAUUCGGAGGCCAAUGUCAGUGCAAACCGUACAUUAUCGGACGUCAAUGCGAAGCCUGUAAGACUGGUUACUACGGAUUCCCUGAUUGUAAGCCCUGUGAUUGUCCUUCAACGGCACUUUGCCAGAAGGACACCGGAGAGUGUAUUUGUCCGGAUCGGGUGACCGGUGAAAAAUGCGAUCAAUGUAUGCCUUAUACGUUCGGUUACGAUCAAAUUAUUGGCUGCGAGGAAUGCAACUGCCAUCCAUUGGGCGUGGACAACAACAAUCUUCAGUGCGAUUUGGAGAGCGGCGUGUGCAACUGUAAGUCUAAUGUGGUUGGACGAUCGUGUGACCAUUGUCAGUUUGGUUUCUUCAAUUUCCCGUAUUGUGAACCUUGCAAGUGCGAUAUCCGAGGCACCACCUUCGAGAUCUGCGAUCAGAAUGACGAAACGUGUUUCUGUAAGAAGAAUGUCCACGGAAGGGAGUGUAAUCAGUGUGUGGAUGGAACCUACAACUUGCAAGCUUCCAAUCCCGAGGGUUGCACCAAGUGCUUCUGCUUCGGACAUACUUCCGUGUGUGAGACGGCCUUCCUUAGACCAUUCAAUGUCAGUAUGAUGAAGGAUGUAUCAUUGAACACAAUUAAAUUGUCAGGUGUGAAACCGCAAAUAUCCCCUUGGAUUGUGCACGGUGAAAUUAUGAUCAACGAAACAACUGCUGAAGUGGCUUUAAGUGACGUAGACAACGAAGAACUUCUGUCCGGCUUAGCUUACUUUGGAAUGUUAGAUCACCUGCUGGACUUGAACAGUCAUAUCACUGCCUACGGUGGAUAUCUAACAUAUAAAAUCUUCUACACUAAUGGUUUAUUUGGUUCGUCGCUAAUUGGUCCUGACAUCGUCCUGGAAGGUAAGAACAUGAUCGUAACGCAUCAAAGUAUUGAACAGCCAGCGUCAAAUACGUUGUUCAAUGGGCGAGUUCAAAUGGUGGAGACAAAUUUCCAAACUGCUCUGGGAGGUUCCGUAUCCCGCGAACAAUUUAUGGUGCUCUUGAGAGAUCUUAAGGCCAUCUAUGUCCGUGCCUCAUAUUGGGAGAACGGUCUGUCAACGGUUAUUUCGGAUGUGAGUUUGACGAUGGCGCAUGACGAUCCUGGAAAUUACGACAUGUAUGAGGAACUAUCUGUAGAACGGUGCUCAUGUCCUCCUGGAUACACCGGAUUGUCUUGCGAAGACUGCGCCCCAGGAUACUACCGUGACCCAGAAGGACCGUAUGGAGGCUACUGCAUCCCCUGUCAGUGCAACGGGCAUGCUGAAACUUGCGAUUGUAACACGGGUAUCUGUAGCGAAUGUCAACACUACACUACAGGCGAGCACUGCGAGAUGUGCGUCGAAGGAUACUAUGGCAAUGCCACUCGUGGUUCUCCGAAUGAUUGCAUGAUAUGCGCCUGUCCGCUCCCAAUUGAUUCGAACAAUUUUGCUACCACUUGUGAAGUUUCCGAAGACGGCUAUGAAAUCUUCUGCGAAUGUAAACCCGGCUAUACGGGAGAAAAGUGUCAAAGUUGUGCUCCUGGAUUCUUCGGUCAGCCGGAAGUGGAAGGCGAAGUUUGCAGACCAUGUGAUUGUUCCGGAAACAUCAACCCUGAAGAACCUGGUUCAUGUGAUUCUGUAUCUGGUGAAUGUUUGCUAUGUUUGAACAAUACGUUCGGACGAGCCUGCAAUCUUUGUGCACCUGGGUUCUACGGAGACGCUAUAAAUCUGAAAGACUGCCAGAGCUGUAUUUGCGAUUCUGUAGGAACUGAACAUUGUGACAAUUUCAUAGGAACUUGUAACUGCUUCCCGAACGUGAUCGGUGAAAAGUGCGAUCGCUGCGAAGACGAUCACUAUGGGUUUGAGUCCGGCCGUGGCUGUUCAGCGUGUGAUUGUGGAGUCGCAUCGAAUAGCACCCAAUGCGAUGACCAUACUGGAAAAUGUGCCUGCAAACCUGGUGUCACGGGGAGACAAUGCGAUCGUUGCGAGCCUGGCUACUGGAACUACACCGAGGAUGGAUGUCUGCCGUGUUCUUGUAAUACCGAUUACUCCAGAGGCUUGGGAUGUAACGCUCAGACAGGACAGUGCGAAUGUUUGUCUGGAGUUGUUGGAGAGAAGUGUGACUCCUGCCCGUACCGUUGGGUAUUGAUUCCUGACACCGGAUGCCAAGAGUGUGAUGGAUGUCACCAUGCUUUGUUGGACGUGACAGAUGAGCUGAAGAAAACUAUCGACCCGGUAUUACAAGACAUUGAAACAGUUGCUGAUGACUAUUACACCUCACAGAAGUUGAAAUACUUUGACGAUUUGGUGGAUGAAAUCGAACCGGCUGUCCGCAAACUGGAUCCACAUGGAGUCAAUCUGAAUCCAUCCAGACAUCAAGUGGAAUCGUUGGAAAUGGACGUUAAGAAUCUUGAUCGUCGCAUCCAAUAUGCUGAUCAAAACGUGAAUGACCUCUCUUCUAAGAGCGAUAACCUUUUGAAAGGAUCUUCGGAUAUUUUGGAUUCCUGCCGAUUUGUGAACAUCAAUACUCGCAAUACAAUCUCGGAAGUGGAGAAAUUGGCUGAAAAUUUGGGCAAGUCGGAAGUUCAUAAACUGGAGCAAGCUCAUGCAGAAGCUCUCAAUUAUCUUCAACUAAUCAAGCAUUAUUCCACCACUCCUGCUGGCCUUAAUGUUCAACUGGGAAAUGCCACAGAUUUGCUGGCAAAGGUAGAAGAAUUUUCACUCCCCGUUCAAAGCCAACAGGAAAGACUCAACGAUCUCAUGUACAGCAUUGGAAAGUUUGAUGUGAAGCUAGAGGAUUUGUAUAACUGGAGCCUGAAAAUCGAGGAAGAAAGUCGUGCCACAGCCAAUUUGAAUAACAAAAAUAAUGGUGCGUUGGAUUCGAAGUUUGAAACUGUUGACGCUCAGCACAAGGAGGCAAAGGACAACAUCGAGAAUGCAAAGAAACUUUUGGACGAUUCUGCCAAGAUCAGCCUUGAUAUCUACACAACCCACACAGAGUUGGACAAUACCAAUUCAGAGCUGAAGCAGCUCAACAGCAAGGUAGAUAAGGAGUUACCCGAAAACGAUAGAGAAUAUCAGGAACUUGUCCCACAGAUAGAUAAGGCUAAGGACUAUGCCACAGAAUUGAAGGAUGAAGCGUCUCGAUUAACGGCCGAUUAUUCCAAUGUUACGGCCAAUUCAGAGACGGCGUUGAAGGCUGCCACUGCGUACUCCAAAAUUGCUGAUGCAGUCAACGGAGCCAAACUGAAUGCAGAUCAAGCAGACCUAUUAGCCCAGAAUGCAACGGAUUUGACGAAAGGAGUCGAUGAGCGUGCCGGAGAGUCAGACAGUGAUUCACGCGACCUGCUCAAUGAUGCUACCAAGUCCCUGCUCUCUCUGCAGUCUGAUUUGGAACCUCACAUCAAUAAGUCCGUCGCAACAGUAGACCAUAUCAAGAAGUCCAAUCAGGACAGUGAUGAUGUUUUAUACUCGAUCAAUCAGUCUCUCGAUGGCAUUCCGGAAGAAUCUCACACGCAUAGCUGGGAGAAUGCCCGAGACCAGGCUAUUGAAGCCCAAGAAGAUUCACACAAUGCUAUCAAAAUACUUGAUCCAAUCAUAACCGAACUACCAAGAAGUUCGUAUCUGGCUGAACAACUUCCGAAGGAAAUCGAUCGGACAAAUAAAAGCAUUCAGUUGGCUGCAAGUCAGAUCGAUCAGUACAAAAACAUGAUCCCGAAGGUGUCAAUGAUGGUAGAUGAAGUGGAACAGAAGCAAGACAUGAUCGAUUCGAUGGUCAGUGACAUUGGCGAUCGUUUGGAAUCACUGAAGAAACAAAUCGCCAGUGCGAGAUCCAUGGCCAACAGCAUCAAGUAUGGUAUGACGUUCCAUCCGAACACAACUUUGGAAGUGAAGCCUCCGGAAGUUCUGUCCCAGAUGGCUUCAAACUCAACCGUAUCGGCUUACUUCAGAACAAACAAACCGGAAGGUUUCCUCUUAUAUCUAGGUAACGAGGUGAAGCCGGAUGCAAAGAAGAGUUCACGAGAUGAUUACAUGGCCCUGGAAAUUGAGAAUGGUUAUCCUGUGCUGUCGAUCGACCUGGGUAACGACCCGGAGAAGGUAAUCAAUCCGAAAUAUGUUGCGGAUGGAAAAUGGUAUCAGGCCAUUAUUGACAGAAGCGGAAACGAUGUGAAACUGACGAUCCGCGAGGAACUGGAGAAUGGCACAGAAAUGAUUCAUCCUAAAGAGCAGACUCUACCAGGUGCUUACAAUGUGUUCAACGUUGAUCAAAACAGUAAGCUCUUCGUUGGAGGUUAUCCACCGGAGUAUAAUAUGCCUAACGAUGUGAAGUCAGGUGGUUUUGAUGGAGACCUUCAAGAGUUACAGAUUGGUGGCGAACACGUCGGAUUGUGGAACUUUGAGCAAGCGCAGAACAUUCAAGGUGGAAAAGACAGAGAUAAGCUGAUAGAUGAGGACAAACCAACUACAGGAUUCCGAUUUGGUGGCAACGGAUACGUGAUGGUGGACGCCAAAUCGUAUUCAUUCAAGCAUCGGUCACACAUCCAGUUCCGGUUUAAGGCAACUCAAGAUUCGCAGGAUGGCUUACUCUUCUACGCUGGCAGAAAUCGACACUUUAUUUCAAUCGAGAUGAAGGAUGGACGAAUUGUGUUCCAGUUUAAGCUUGGUCAACACGCGGAGAUUGUUACAAUCGGUUCUGGUCACGGCUUUAAUGACGAUGCUUGGCAUUCUGUUUCGGCAGAACGGGAUGGCGCUAUUGGCAAGCUAACAGUAGACGGAAAUGUUGUUUACCAGGAGUCAUCCAGCGUUCAGGCGGAUAGAAAUGUAGAACCGUUGAAGAUAUCCGAAUCUAUGUUCUUCGGAGGAUACCCAGGCAAGAUCAAUCACUCGGAAGUGACAACAAAAGGCUUCGAUGGUUGUAUCGACGAUGUUUAUAUCCUGGGAACUAAGGUGGAUUUGAGCAUCAAUCAGAAGGCUUUGGAUAUACGUCCAGGAUGUCCAAUGAAAUUCUCAUCGCUGUUGUCCUUCCCGCCGCAUCAGUUUGGAUACGUUAGCCAACCGGGAGUUGCAUCAGCCAACGGUCUUCAAGUCAACAUCAAGUUCAAGACACGCCAGGCUCAUGGAGUAUUGUUCUACACAGCGAACGACGACCAAAGCGCUACAUUCGGAUUGGCUCUGGAGGAUGGCGCGUUGGUGCUGAGAAGUUCUAAGAAGGAGAUUCACACAAGAAACAAACGUUACGAUGAUGGUGAAUGGCAUGCAGUAACCGCAACCCAAGAGAACUACCGUUGGUCAUUGAUCGUUGAUGACAGCGAUCCAUUUGUCUCCGAUGAAGAACCUCCAGUAUUGGAUAUCGUAAGUGGAGAGAUUUACUUCGGAGGUCUGCCAAAGAAUUUUGUUACACCUAGAGACGCUAUCGCUACUUCGGCAUACUUCUGGGGAUGCAUUCGAGAUGUGACCGUCAACGGACAGAUAGUGAACUUUGCAAACCUGAAGGACAAGAAAUCCGCAGUUCUUGAUCAAUGCUCAAAGGCUAUCUUUGCUGUCGGUCCAAGUGAGGUGCCUCUCUAUUAUCCUGAUGGUGGAAGUGAGCCAGUAGUGUUCACAUCCAGGUUUGACCCAGAUGAACGGAAACCGGAAGAUAGAGAAAACGAAAUUGUUGCUGAAACUACAGAUACUUGGGAAGAUAAGGAAGAACUGCCAGAAGUACCUGCCACAACUACGACUCCAGUAACUACAACGACAACAACCACGACCACAACCACAACCACUAAACGACCCCGACCACCACCUGAAAAACCAGAGCCCACUUGUAAGCUCCCGAUUGUUCCCGAUCAGGACGUCGACUUUGAUGCCGGGUAUCGUUUCGGAACUGGUCCAUUCAGUCAUAUUGAGUUCAACGAAAUUCCGCAGAAGAUCAAGAAACAAUACGAAUUUUCGCUUUCCUUUAAAACGGAAUUCUCCGAAGGAGUACUCUUCUAUGCUGCAGAUUCUCGCCAUACAGACUUCAUCGCUCUGUACUUGCGUGAAGGAAAAGUUUUCCACUCAUUCAACUGUGGCUCCGGAUCGGCCAAUAUUAGCUCAGAGCGGAGAUAUGACGAUAAUGAAUGGCACACCGUCCACUUCUCACGUUUCCACAACAAGGGCAAACUGGUCGUCGACAGCGAAGAUGAAGUUCAUGGGGAAUCUGCUGGAAAUACUCGAACCAUGCAGGUUCAGGCGCCAUUCUUCAUCGGAGGUGUCUCUGGAGGCGAGCAUUACGAGGAUGUUGCGCUCAAUCUGAAGAUCGAUAAGAACAUUUUAGAACGUGAUCAAUUUGUUGGAUGUAUUAUGGACAUUCAGGCUUUCAACAGGCCUCUUGGAACACCAUCCAACAUUACGCAAACCAUUCCGUGCUCGACGCAAAUCGAGACCGGCAUGUUCUUCGGCAAGGGCGGCGGUUUUGUGAAGCUAAGAGAAAAGUUCAAGGUAGGAACAGAACUAACCGUCAGCAUGGAUAUUAAACCACGUGCAACGACUGGGUUGCUGAUGUCUGUGCACGGAAAGCGUGCAUUCUUCGUGUUGGAGCUGAUUAAUGGCAACAUCAGCUUGACGGUUAACAAUGGUGAUGAACCGUUUACCGCCAUGUACAUCCCAGAUCCUAGUGAAAAUCUGUGCGAUGGCCAAUGGCGCACAAUUACGGCGAUAAAGUCGUUCUACGUUAUAACCAUCAAGGUUAAUGACGUUAGCUCGAACCCGGCGAUAGGAGAUGCUCGUUCUGGCUCGACGGACACCACUCGGCCACUGUUCCUUGGCGGACAUCCUCACCUUCAGAGGAUUCGAGGUCUUUCAGUACGUGAGCCAUACCAGGGUUGCAUCCGAAAUGUGGUGAUUCGCAACCAGCAAGAACAGAUAACACCAAAAAUGACGGUUGGAAAUGUGCAAACCGGAGUUUGCCCAGUUAUAUAAGAGAAUUCUGUUUAUUGAAAUCUGCACUGCCAUGCUACCAGCCAAAUGAUAACCGGACUCACUGCAUGUUUAUAAUGGAUUUAUGAUUUUUGGACGACGAUAUGACGAUGGAAUAGGUUUAUCAUUGUUAGAUGAAGUUACGAUACUCUCAGAUAGUAGCAUAUUUUGUAAAUCACAUUCAGAAUGCUCAAAUUGAUAAAACAGUCUCAAGGCAUUAAUCGUCAAUAUUUGAAAAUAGCAGCUCAAGAUUUUUUAAACUUUUUAAAACAAAACAUUUUAAAAUAAAAAAUAUAUCCAAAAAUA